GGCAGGGUGCAUCCGAGCGUCGACUGGCACACCCUGGAAGCCAUGGACGCCGCUGCGGUGAUCGGGUGUUUCAGGGACAGGAGCAUCCUAAUCACCGGCUCCACGGGCUUCCUCGGGAAAAUGCUGGUGGAGAAGAUCCUAAGGGUCCAGCCGGAUGUGAGGAAGCUCUACCUCCUUGUGCGCGCGCCAGACGCCGCAUCCGCCGAGCAUCGCGUGCUCACCGAGGUUGUAGCAACAAAACUUUUUGAUGUUCUGCGAAGCAAGCAUGGAGCUGAUUUCAACUCUUUUAUCAAAAAUAAAAUUUCCCCUCUACCUGGAGACAUCACUAAGGAAACCUGUGCACUCAGAAAUUCUAUGGUUGAACAGAUCUCUGAGGAUAUCCAUGUCAUUGUGAGUGUAGCUGCAACUACUAGCUUCUAUGAGAGAUAUGAUGUCGCUCUGGCAUCAAAUACCUUAGGAGUUGCCCACGUGUGCGAUUUAGCAAAGAAGUGUGCUAAUCUUAAAAUGCUCCUUCAUGUUUCCACUGCUUUCGCAGCCGGGGAGCAAGAAGGCCUGUUAUUGGAGAAGCCGUUUGAUGUAGGCAAAGCACUAAAGAAAGACUAUAACUUGGACAUCCAAUCUGAGAUAAAAUUAGUUGAGAGUGUCAAGUCAAAACUCAGGAUACAAUUCUCUAAUGACAAUAUAGAGAAAAGGAAAAUGAAGGAACUUGGAUUGAAAAGGGCUAGGCACUUUGGUUGGCCUAACGUGUAUUCACUCACAAAGGCCAUGGGGGAGAUGUUGCUAGGAACCUUAGGACGAGACCUUCCAGCUGUCAUAGUACGGCCAAGCAUCAUAUCUAGCACUUUCCAAGAACCAAUGCCUGGUUGGACGGAGGGAACUAGGACAAUGGAUAUGUUGUAUGUUGCUUACAAUGACCAGAAACUUCCAUGUUUUAUCGCCGAUCGUACUGUCAUUGUCGAUGUGAUACCAGGAGACAUGGUAAUUAAUGCACUGAUGGUCGCCAUGGCCAUUCAUUGGGACACACAUGGAACACAGGCAAUUUACCAUGUAACCACAGGCCAUCGGAACCCAUUGCUUUUUUCCACUUUUCUGGAAUCAGGCUAUGAGUAUUUCCGCUCUAAUCCUCGUGUAACCAAGGACGGGAGGAUUGUCAAGGAUAGAAGGGUGAAAUUUUUCAAGACAUAUACAUUUUUUCGUUUAUACAUGAUCCUGCGGUAUAACCUAGCACUAGAGCAUUACAAUAAGCUCAAACGUGGCUACAAUUUCCUGAUACUUGUCGCCAAGUUGUACGCCCCAUAUGCGUUCUUCAAAGGGUGCUUUGAUGACACGAACAUGAGAAAUUUGUGGGCAAUAACCUCUACAGACCAGCUGAAGGAUGGAUCCACGUUUGAUUGGUAUGCAUCAAAACCAAUUGGAAGAACCAAGCCUUUUUUAACACGAGCAUUACUCCUGGACUUACAUCUGGUUCAGUGA